AUGGAACAAAAUGAAACAGAUGAACCAACGAAAAUUUUGAUUAAUGAUAAAGAAAUAGAUAAGGAUGAAAAACUCAGUAAAAUAAAAUCAUGCAUAAGAAAUUUUUUCAAUAAUUUAUUUAGUAAGAAUUCUCCAAGUGAUUCUUUUCCAUAUAAAAACAAGGCUCUUGAAAAUACAUUUUGGUGCUCACAAACAAUUUAUAUUAGAAUAAUUUUAUUGUCUUGUUUCUUCUCGUUUGUUGUAUCAUGGAAUCAGAACAUAGCAUUAAUAGGUGACAAUGGACUAACACCAGCGAAGGAUCAUGUUAAUAAAAUAUUAGAAGAUUUAAAAAAUGAAAGUAUAUGGACGAAAAUUCAAAACUUUCACUCACUUUUUUUGUUUUUACCUGUUUGUAAUUUUACUAUAAAUUUAUUACCUAUUAUAGGAAUAAUAUUAAGUUUAACUGGAUUGUUUUUAAAUUAUAUAAAUUUAAUAAUAAUUUUAUCAAUUUAUAUUCUUUUACAAUCUAUUUAUAGUAUUGGAAAUAUAUGGUUUAAUUAUGUUUAUGAGUUAGAAUUGUUAGAAUUAGUUUUUUUAUGUUUGUUUCUUGUUCCUUUAUAUAAAAAUCAUUUAAAAAAAAAGUAUUCUACUACAUGUUUGAUUCGAUAUAUUGCAAGAUUUUUCGUUUUUAAAGUUCUAAUAGGAUCAAGUUUAAUUAGAUUAAGAAAUACUGAUUUAUGGGGAAGGUUAGAAGGAAAGUAUUACAUAUAUGAAACACAACCUCUUCCAUCAUCGUUAUCUUAUUUUCUUCAUUCUUCUAUACUUCUUAGUAAAUUAGACAAUUUAUUUUCCAUAUUAACUGAGUGCAUUUUUUCUUUUUUUAUACUGUUUCCAAUUAGAUCAUUUAGAUUAGUAGGUGGCUGUAUUAUUUUUAUAUAUUGCCUCCUGAAUUUUUUUUCUGGAAAUUCUUAUUUAUUUUACUUUUUAUUAUUAGCUCCACUUAUGUUUUGUUUUGAUGAUAACAUUUUAUUAAAAUUUUUUUUUAAAUGGAGAAGAAAUGAAAUACUAAAUGUAGUUAAGGAAAAGAUAAUAAAUCAAAAUAAAAGCAAACGUUAUUUCAAAAGUUUUGAUAUAUUUUAUUUUACUGGAAUGAGCUCAGAAGAAUUAAGCAAAAUAUAUGACACUUAUUUUAACAGUAAUAAAGAAAGAAAUACACCAACACAAGAAGAAGAAUUAAUAUCUAGGUCUGGCUCUAAUGAAAUUACUUUUUAUAAAAAUGAAAGUAUACUUAAAAAUAUAAAAAAUGACAUAUACAACAUUUUUUAUUGGAUAUAUUCAAAGAAUGGGCUACAAUAUUUUAUAAGAAAUAAAAAUUUAUCUUUUGAAAUAAUCUCUCAUAUAAUUUGUUCUAUAAUAAUAAUUAUUUAUAUUUGUAUUGCAACUAUUUAUCCUAUGACUACAUUUCAUUUCAUUUUUUACUUAUUAAUAUUUAACUUAUAUGCGGUUUAUAUAUUUGCUUAUACAAAUAAUAUAAUCUCUAAAAUUAUUAGCCAAAUGACUUUAUUAAUUUCUAUAUUGUUAAUUUAUUCAAAUAAAAUAUUUUUAUAUGGAUUUGUUGAUAUAUUUUAUAGUUCUUUAUUUUUUAUUAAUUUAGUUUGUUUAUUUAUUCUAUCUUUCUUUUUCUUAAAUAAUAGAAGAUUCAUUUUCAAAUUUACUGCACAGUAUUUCUAUUUUAUAUUAUUUAUUUAUUUUUUGUCCUUUUUUAUUCGAAAUUCUUUAUCCCCUUAUCAAGUCAUGAAUGCGGAAUAUGGUUCAUUUGAACUUAUGAACGUUUAUGGUUCUUUUGGAAAAAUUAAGAAAGCUAGAAAAGAAAUUAUAAUUCAAGGAACAGAAAGUAAAAAUAUAAAUGAUAAUACAGUAUGGAAGAAUUAUGAAUUUAACUGCAAGCCUGACAAUGUAUUUAAAAAUAUGUGUAAUCAAUUUAGAUUAUUAUUUCACUUUAUACCAAUUAUAUAUAUAGAUAGAUUAGAUUGGCAGUUAAGUGUGUUGAGUGAUAAAGAGGAUGAAACAAUUUUGGAAAUUCAAUGGUUUAAAAAAUUUCUGACAAAAUUAUCCUUAAAAGAUGAAAAUAUUAUCUCCUUGUUAUAUAAAAAUCCUUUUAUGAGUAAUAACAUAAAAGCUCCUUAUUAUUUAAGAAUUUUAAAUAACGUUUAUAAAUUUUCUGAAAAUGAUGAAAAACAGUGGUGGGAUAUUGUUUCAUCAAAAGUGAUAGUAAAACCACAUCAUAUUCCAGUAGUAACAGAAGACUUCACAACAAAUAAAGAGAUGGAUCAUAAGAAUUUUAUGUUAUCUAAUUCUAUUCAACAAAUCAGUAAACAUCAUAAUCAUAGAUUGAGAAAGCAUAUAAAAAAUUCUCAAAAUAUAUAUGAGAGAGAAAAAAAAUUAAAAGAACAAAAUAAAGUUGAACAACAAAGAAAAAUGGAAGAACAAAAUAAAAUUGAACAGCAAAAAAAAAAAUUAGAGAAAGAAUUAAAAAAAAUUGAAGAACAAAAGAAAAAAUUAGAAGAACAACAAAAAAAAUUAGAUGAGGAAAGAAAAAAAUUAGAUGAAGAAGGAAAAAAAUUAGAACAACAAAGAAAAGUUGAAGAAUAUAAAAUAUCCGAAGAAAAAAAAAGAUUAGAAAAAGAAAUAGAAUAUGUAAAAGAAAAGGAGCUUGAGGAACAAAGAACAAUAGAUGAGGAAAAAAAAAAAUUAGAAAGACAAAUAAAACACGUAGAAGAAAAGAAACAUGAGGAACAAAGAAUAAUAGAUGAAGAAAAAAAAAAAUUAGAAAGACAAAUAAAACAUGUAGAAGAAAAGAAACAUGAGGAACAAAGAAUAAUAGAUGAAGAAAAAAAAAAAUUAGAAAAAGAAAUAGAAUAUGUAAAAGAAAAGGAGCUUGAGGAACAAAGAAUAAUAGAUGAAGAAAAAAAAAGAUUAGAAAGACAAAAAAAAAUUGAACAACAAAAUAUAUACGAACAGAGGGAAAUUGAAGAAAAAAAAAAAAAAUUAGAAGAACUGAAAAAAGUUCAGGAACACAAAAUAAAAUUAGAAGAGCAAAAACUAAUUGAAGAAAAGAAAAGAAUUAAAGAAGAAAAAGAAAAAUUAGAACAACAAAAUAUACAAAAGAAAAAUGAAAACAAAUCUAAUGAAGAAUUAGAUGAAAGACUAAAAAGUGAACUGUUAUCAGAGAAUCAGAAAAACAUGUCAACAAUUCAUAAACUAAAUAAUUCUAAUAACUUACAACAUAUAAAAAUGCAUGGUGAAAGUCCAAGUACAAAAGGAGAAUUAAAUGAAUCAAUAGAUGAAGAAUUAAACAAUGAAUUAUAUGAAAAUCCAAAAAAACAUGAGUCUUCUGAAGAGUUAAAUGAAGUAGAUAAUGACAUGAAAAAUGAUGAAGAAAUAAUAGAACCAGAAGAAGAAUCAAAUGAAGAAAUAGAAGAGAAACAAGAAGAAUCAAACGAACAAAUAGAAGAAGAAAAAAAAAAAAAAUCAAGUGAAGAAAUAAAAGAAGAGGAACAACAAGAAUCAAGUGAUGAAAUAGAAAAAAAAAAAAAUGAAAAACUAAGUGAACAAGUAGAUGAAGAUGAAAAGUUAGAAAAUGAAUUAAAUGAGCAAAUAGAAGAAAAAGAAAAUGAAGAAUUAAUAAAUGACGAAAUAAAACAAAAGGAAGAAUUAGAAAAGGAAUCAUAUGAAGAUAUAGAAGAAAAUGAAGAGGAAAAUGGAAGUGAUAAACAAUUAAGAAAAGAAAAGAUAGAAGAUUUAUUAAAUGAAGAAAAAAGACAAAAAUUACAAGAUGAAUUUAACAUAAAAAAAGAAGGUGUAGAAGUAGAAAAUAUAGAUAAAAAGGGAAAAAAUAGCUUUGAUAAAUCAAAAAAUAAAAAUAUAAAAAAAGAUGAAGAAUUAGAAAGAAGUAAAUCUAAUGUGGCUUCUUAUGAGUUUAAAAAGUUUUUUCAGAAUGGAAACACGAAGAAUGAAUUAGAUAAUGCUAUUAAAAAUUCUUAUACGAAAUAUAAAUUAUUAAAUAAUUAUUCCAACAAAAUUAAUAAAUUAGGCUUAUUUAAUAUAUAUAAUGAUAGAAAUAAAUUUGCGGGUAUAAGCAAAUUAAAAGAAAAUUCGAAUAAUGAAGGAAAUGGUGAUGUUUACCUAAAGGAUGCAAUACAUGAUAAUGAUAAUAAUAAAAAAAAUCUUGCAUAA